AAAGAUUAAGAAUUAUGGAAGACAACCUCAAGUCUCCAUGAGGAUUUUAUGCCUACGGUUAUAUACUAGCCAGUGUGUAGAUCAACUCCUUAACUAUGGAGUAUCAUUUAAUUACCCAGUUAUAUGGCCAGAAAAUAUGUAUAGUGUAUAUGGUUUGUUUUGAAAAUUUAUUAUCAAAGGUGAGAGUGAAUAUUAAUAUGGAAAAAUUAUAAAAAUAAAAAUGUAGAAAUCUGUAUAUUACAGUGGUGUUUGAAGACAGUGAUUCAGAAAUUUCAUAACUUUGUUCAUUAUAAGGAUUGCUUUCUGUAUAAUUAUCUAAUUCAAUAUAAAACAUCUCUCUUCCAACUCAAUGGGAAGCCUUUCUGCUGGAUUUGCAAUAAAGGAAUUAUUGCCAAGAGAGGACAUUAAUGAAGGAGAAUUCUACCAUCUACUGAUACUGGAAAGAAAUGAAAGCUGUGGCAUCAAGGAUUUUGACCUCAAAGAAGUCUUGGAAAAUAUGCACAAGUUUGGGAGUGUGUGGGGAUAUGAUGCCAGAAAUCACAAAGCAGUGCCGUUAAUCCAUAAUGGAAAGCUCACUCGUAGAAUAGAUGGGUGUAGUAAGUCCACAAAUAAUUUUCCUCAAAAGCAGAGUGUUUCUGUAGGAAAUAAUACCUACCAAUAUUUCAUGCAUGAUAAGCUAUUUAUAGGAAAUUUGUUAAAACUGAAAAAUAACAUAAGUGAUGCCAGAAAUGAGUAUGUAAUGUGUUUGGAAAAUAGAAUUCAAUCAGGUUUGCAGGCACACCUAGCUGAACUGCAGAGAUUUCAAACUGAGGAGAAAAUUUGUGAAUGCAGUCAAGUUAAGAAGUCUGUCAACCAUGGUUCCUCAGUUUCACCACUUCAACAAAUUCCUCAUGGUGUUAAAAAUAUUUGUAAUAAAUAUAGGAAGGUUUUUAAAUAUCUUUUGUUACCUGCACAAUAUGGGCAAACACAUACUAGAGAAAAAUCUUACAAAUGUAAUAAGGGUAAGGCUUUUAGCAAAAGCUUGUACCUCUUGAAAUGUGAGAGAAUUCAUUCUGGACAGAGACCUUACAAAUGUAAUGAAUGCAGCAAAGCCUUUGCUAGCUGUUCAAACCUUACUCAACAUAAGAGAAUCCAUACUGGAGACAAACCUUACAAAUGUAAUGAGUGUGGCAAAGCUUUUACCCUUUAUGACACUCUUAAAGGACAUCAGAGAAUUCAUACUGGAGAGAAACCUUACAAAUGUUACGAAUGUGGCAAAGACGUUGCUGGUUCUUCAGGACUUACUAAGCAUAAGAGAUUCCAUAGUGGAGAGAAACUUUACAAGUGUAAUGAGUGUGGCAAGGUCUUUGGUCAAAAGUCAUAUCUUGCAGUUCAUCAGAGAAUUCAUACUGGAGCGAAACCUUACCAAUGUAAUGAAUGCAGCAAAGCCUUUGCUGAGCGCUCAAGGCUUACUCAACAUAAAAGAAUUCGUACUGUAGAGAAACCUUGCGAAUAUUAUGAGUGUGGCAAGGUCUCUAGUCACAAGUCAAAUCUUGCAACUCAUCAGAGAAUUCAUACUGGAGAGAAACCUUAUAAAUGUAGGAUUGGCAAAGACUUUGCUGAUUGUUCAGUAUUUACUAGGCAUAAGAAAAUCCAUACUCGUGAGAACAUUUGCAAAUGUAAUGAUUGUGGCAAAUCUUUUACCCAAUUUUUGUGCCUUAAAAGAUAUAACAAUCCAUACUGGAGAGAGACCUUCCAAAUCUAAUGCAUUUGGCUAAGUUUGUACUCAAAAGCUGAACUUGACAAUUCAUCAGGGAAUUCCUACUGGAGAGAAACCUUACAAUGAUAGUGAAUGCAGCAAAGCGUUUGGUGAGCAUUCAAGCCUUACUCAGCAAAAGCAAAUCCAUACUGGAGAGAAACCGUACAAAUGUACCUAAUGUGGCAAAUCUUGUACCUCAUUUUCAAGCCCUCUUCAGCAUUAGAGAAUCCCUACUAGAGAGAACUCGUACAAUUAUAGUUAGUACAGCAGGGCUUUACCCAAUUUGCAAGUCUUCCUAGGCAAGGGAAAAUACGUACUAAAAAUAAACAUUAUAAACCUAGUAUAUGUGGGAGUACUUUUAUUCAAAAGCUCAAGCUUUGGGAAUCCUCAGAGAAUUCAUAGGAACAAGAAACCUUACAAAUAUGAUUGAAACAAAACUUAUGCACAUGUUUAAGCCUUUUUCAACAUCAGAGACUCCAUUGUGGAGAGAAAGCAUAUAAUAGGAAUGUAUAUAUUCAAGCUAGUAACCAGGGCUCAGACCUCAUUGGAUAUCAGAAUAUAUAUUUCAGAGAAGCACAAAUGUAACGUAUGGUAGGCAUAUCCAAAGUUUAAGACUUGUGGAACAUAAUAGUUCUUACUAGAGAGAAAUCUUAUAAAUGUGAUAAGUGUGAUCAGCUUUAUCAAAUAUGCACAACUUUGUGGUUAUGAAAGAAUUCAUAUAAAAUGGAAACCAUACAUAUGUGUCACGGCCUUUAAGCAGUGACCUCAGUCUACACCAAAGAAUUCACACUGGACAGAAAUAUGAUAAAUGAAUGGAAGGUGAUAAAUUGUUUAACCAGUUCUCUCAAUGGAAUACACAUGAAAUUCAUACUUAAGGGAACUAGUUUGAUGUAAGUGUCAAACUCUGGUGAUGAACCAACCUCAGAUGUUAAAUUCCACAGAGGAUUAAAAGUUAAAGUUAUUUAAAACUCAUGAUGUGUGUCAAUGAAGCAUGGUCAUCCAUGGAAAGGUCUAUGUUAAGUUUAUAAAAUGUUUUUCUGGGGCCAGCCCAGUGGUGUAGCAGUUAACUGCACAAGUUUCGCUGCUGUUGGCCCGGGUUCAGAUCACAGGCGUGCACUGACACACCGCUUAUCAGGCCAUGCUGUGGCAGCGUCCCGCAUAAAGUGGAGGAAUAUGGGCACAGAUGUUAGCUUAGGGCCAGGCUUCCUCAGCAAAAAGUGGAGGACUGGCAUGGAUGUUAGCUCAGGGCUGAUCUUCCUCACCAAAAAAAAA